UCAAAAUCUCCUCCUAGUCUUAAAGUUUAGUUAAGCAGACUGGGAAGAGUGAGCUUCUUGAAGAGAUCGGUCAGAAAGGCUUAGGCUAAAUAAAGUUUGUUGGAAAGACUUGACAGCGGAUCCACCGCCUGAUGAAAAGUUGUCGACUGGCAAAUUAAGUGUGAAACUUCUCACCUCCGAAGAAACGUUUGACAACUGUCAGGCGCGCGUCCAAGGCUCCGACGGAACGCAGUUCGUUUUUUGUUCUGUUUAUAGCUUUUCCGCCUUACACGACUUUAAUUUUACAGAGAUAAAAAUAAAAGCUUUCUUUCUUCUGCAUAUUUGUCAUGUAGUUUAGAUUGCUGAAAUGCAGCAGGAGCGGUUACUCAAAGUACUUGUCAUUGGAGAUUUAGGUGUGGGGAAGACUUCCAUCAUAAAGCGUUAUGUGCAUCAGAUUUUUUCUCAACAUUACCGCGCAACUAUCGGUGUGGAUUUUGCUCUGAAAGUCCUGAAUUGGGAUCACCGGACAGUCAUUCGAUUGCAGUUGUGGGACAUUGCAGGACAAGAGAGGUAUGGCAACAUGACACGUGUGUAUUACCGAGAGGCCGUAGGGGCACUUGUGGUUUUUGACAUGACUCGUGCUUCCACUUUCCAAGCUGUGUUGAAAUGGAAAAAAGAUCUUGAUUCUAAAGUUGCCCUUGGCAGUGGGCGUCCUCUGCCAGCUGUCCUGCUGGCCAACAAGUGUGACCAACAGAGAUAUGGUUUAUGCGCCAAAAUGCCCAAACUCGACAAUUUCUCCAGGGACCAUAAUUUUGUGGGUUGGUAUGAGACGUCUGCAAAGGACAACACAAACAUUGAUGCAGCCAUCAUGUGUCUUGUGCAAAAUAUAAUGACCAUGGACGAGGAGAAUGUUCCUGUGCAAUCAGACAACAGUGUACUGAUCCUGCCUGCUUUUGAUUAUAACCUAAAAGAACGCAGUGACUCUAGAUGUUCUGCCUGCACAAAAUUCCAGUCCAACUGAAAACCCUACAGUGAAUUAUAGAGUGAGAUGGUGAAAAGAACAGAGUGGGGAAGAAAAAUACAGAGAGAAAGAGAGGUCACACUCAAAUUGUGCUGAAGUAAGCCUUUAUGGGAAAGACAAGAGCAUAAAGCCUUAACACUUAUAUGCACUUACAUUUUCACAUGACCAAAACAACAAUGUCAUCAAUAAAUCAUGCAGCGUUUACACAGUUUUCUCUGAUAAAUAUUUAAUGUUAGCUUUACAACUAAAUAAAGCUCUUGCAGCAGAAAAGUAGUGUGCACAUCUGCAUCUGUUAAAGUCUCAGACCUAAAUGAUGCAUCCUAAAAAUGUGUGCAUGCAUUUACUUAGUGCCGGGGUGUGCUGUUUUAAAUCCAAUAAGGUCAUGUACACUCAACAGAUACUUGAGGCUCAAAAACGCAUUUAAUGUCAUCAUGAAAUCAAAAUGGACAAUUCUUUCUUUUUUAAUGGGAUAUUUAUUACAUCAAUACUUUGUUUAAAAUUCAUGUGCCCUCAUAAUCGUUAAAGGGAUAUUUCACCCCAAAAUGAAAAU